CCAUAUGCCAUUGCCCAAGACCCUAACAUCAUCAAAUCGGUCUCAGAUCGCCGUCCCCACCAUCAGUCCGGCGGCCAUGGAGAGGCCCAACCUUAGCCCCCUUGACCUGAAGCUAUUUCACAGUCUUGAAAGAGCGUUUUUCCGCAGGCUGGUCGGCAGGUUAGGGCAAAAUCAAGAUAGGAUGAUGGCGGUCAUCGCUCUCUGGCUGUGGUUUGAGUCAAUCGGCCACCAUGAUUUUAUCAGGAAUGUUGCUGCCUACCCCAACGAGGUCGUCCUUGGCUUCGUGGAGGAAGCCGACGCCUGCCUCGAACGCCUCCUCGGCGACCAGGACCCUUACCGGGGGGAGGAGCUCCCCUUGACCAACUCUCUCAUAGCCGAGCCGAUGAUGCUCAGGUUCUUCGAGUACCACCGGAUUGUUGCUGUCAACGGGGUGCGCUACUUCUUGCAAAAUGUCUGCGAGAUCAUCUUCGACGACACCCUGACCGAGCGGGUCGCGCAGGACGCGGACCGGCUGGGAGUUCUCGAGAGCAGACGCCGCAUCAGGCCGCACGGCGAGGGGACGAGCAAGCAAGGGGCGAUUCUAGGGGCAGCCACUUCGGUGGGGGUGCUGCGUGCCGCCCCGCCGCCGGCAAUGAACGUGACAGCUGAUCUGAAGGGCGGUCUGGUGCCCCCACGCUCCAUGCUGAAUCCACUGGCUAAGCCAUGGUCCCCGGCGACGGACCCCUCCCCGGAGGACCAGAGAUCCAUGUUCAUCACCUUCUCUAGAGGGCACCCUAUCAGCAAGGAGGACAUACUAGAGUUCUUUACCGGACGAUUCGGGCCAUGUAUCGAUAUGAUCAUGAUAGAACGAGCUCCGAUGGGGGGGCAGCCGAUGUACGGGCGGGUGGUGUUUUCGAGCACCUCGAUGAUCGCCGUGGUGUUGAACGGCCAGCGGACUGCGAAGUUUAUAAUAAAAGGGAAGCAUCUGUGGGCAAGGAUUUAUAUUCCUCGCCCGUAGCUUUUUGGGGGGAUGGGAUGAAGAAGGGCAGCUUCGUUGGUGAGGGUUAGGGGAGGAGUGUAGCGUUGAAGGACAAGGAAACCGGUGGAGGAGAGAGUCUCGCAGAACUGGGGGUCUCACGUAUUAAGUGCUGUGUUGUCUGUGAGAGAGUGCUGUAGGUAAUUCCCUCCACGUGUCUCAGACGGCCUUUCUCUUUUGUGGCUUCCUUUUAUGUUUUUGUUGUCACCGUGCGACCUCAUCGAUUAGAAAUAAAAGACGAAGCUGUCUA